AUGCUACGAAAAGUAGUGUUAGGUUCUGUUGGAGUGGCUACACUCAUACCGGCGGUUGGUGCUGCUACUCCCAUCAAGGAUGACCCACCAAGUCUUCAAAAGCCCCCUCUAAUGAAGCCCUCUGACCUGCCGGUUUACGAAACUCCACAUGCCGAUUAUGUUGAAAAGGUCAAGUCAAAGGGUGGUAAAGAUGAGGUUGGUUAUGUGAGGUCUGUGCUCUUGGCCCCUGUCCGUGCAGUACGUGAGCAGGUGCAGAUUGUUGUGGACCACACAGACCGUGCCAAACAUGCAAUACAAGAUCAAUACACUGAGCUGCAAGAUAAAACUGGUUGGAUCUUCAAAUAUCUUCGAGAAGAAGAGAACAAGCAGGUCCGAUAUGGUGCUGUGGCAAUGGGAGGUCUGACUGGUUUCAUAUUUGGUCUUAGAGGCGGGAUUAUCAGGCGGGUAUUUUACGCCAGUGCUACCACCACAGCUAUGGGGUAUGUGUGUUUCCCUGAAGAAACAAAAGACAUUAUGAAGAACAAUUCGGCCCUAGCUAAACAAUAUGUCAACAUUGCUUACAACUUCUUGUAUGGAGUGAAACCCGGUGAUCCUCAACUGGAGGUGAAUUUCCCUGAGCUGUCUUUCCCCAAAGACUUUUCCGAGUUCAUGGAUAUGACAGUAUCUUUGGCAUCAUCAGUGAAGCAGGCGGUAAUGCCUCCGCCUGCUAAAGAGGAAGCAAAACCUGACGAAAAAAAAGAAUAG